UCUUUUGCCAUAUUUUCCAUUUGUCAGCCGAGUUUACCGGGUUUUAGUCAGUCUAGCAGUUUGCUUCUCCCUCCGCAUCUACCACCCCCCGAAACCGUCCAUUUUAUUAUAUUAGCAACAAGGUUCGCGUAGGAGAAAAACCUUAACCUCCGGAUUUCGCACAUUUUUUUUUGAAACGCAUUCUCUGUCCAUACAGAACGAAAGUUAAAGGCACCGAGCAUAUGAGGCACGGGGAGUCAGUGGUCGCAAACUGACUCGGCAACUUUCCGGUAGUUUGCCUACCUAUUGCCAUUGAGGAGCAGCCCCCUCUGGGUGCUUCCACAGGAGGAUUACGCCUUACGACGAUACGCUUAUGUACCUUUGUAUAUUUAGAUAAAGUCAAACCAACCGGACACAAGCACGCCCUCCAGAAGUAACUUUUGAUGCUCUCUCUCUCUCUCUUUAUCACUCUUUACCUGCUUCAAGCAUACAAGCAGUACCUCUAUUUUGCUCGAUAUUGCGCAAGCUUAUUUCCGAUUUUUCCUGAAUUUUAUGACAACGACUACGAGGGCACCACGGUUAGCAAGCGCCACAACCGGAACAGCACAGCUCGCCGCCAUAUGAACGGAUGCAAUAACGAAAUCGAUAACAAUAUAUGUAGAAGCAAUAUAGCUGCUUACCCUUCUAACGCUUAAAUGUCCGACGUGAAGCGGUCCAGCGAUCAGCGACAGACCAUGGACAAGCAGAAAGUAUUAUUAUCUAGAAUAGUGCUAGUGCUAGGGACUCUCGAUCGAAUAAUGUCCGCGUCCGUGUGAAAUGUUAAAUUAGAUGCCAUGUGAUCAACGGAACGCACAAGUUACGCAGGUGUGUCGUGUGUGUAUGUAUGUUAUGCUAUUUAAUUAUGUGUGUUGUGUCCUUUUUUCCCAAACCUCCUCAGAGCGGUCUCCCCUUCCCCGCUAUUGACCAUUUUCUAGAACAGAUCAUAAUGUGAACAACAAAUUGUAAUCGUUGAUAGAAACCGAUAGAGGAAAAGUACCUCUAGGAGCUAAAUCGUGUAACACCCAAGUAGAUAGGAUAGUUAGGGCGAUUAGAAGGCCUAAAUCAGGGUUGGAAUGGGCGAGGGCAAUGAAUUAUCCGUUUCGAUAUCGAUCCUCGUCCUUCCCCUGGAAACAUGUUAGAAGGGCCUCCUCAUCCGUUGUAAGAUCGUAUUUAGUCAUGACAGACGCCAUGUUUAUAUUUGUAUAUUGUAGACAAUUUCCUACUAAACCCGAGAGAACCGGCAAUCGCGACGUGAAGCGAUCGGAUGCUGUACUGCUUUCCAGACCGUUGCGUGGAGCUGUGUUACGUUUAAAAAUCUCCCCUAUCCCUAUUGGCGAUUGGCCUGUGUGUCUGUGUGUAUUGGCGUACUUCCUAUUUAUGCAAAAAAGAGAUAAAAUUCUUGCUUAAUUUUUAACCAUUUUCGGGUACCGGGUUGUUUCAAAAUUAUCAUAAUCAAAAUUAUAUUAUUGCGAUAAGGACAAAGGGAAGCGAAAGGAAGCAAAAUGAAAGGAUCGGCAUGCGAUAUGGCCUGUUGUGCGAUAAUCGCGAUCACGAACGCGAAAGCAUGAUCGGUUUUGCGGUAGCAUGAGCGGACCACCAUGGGGCUUCUUCUUCUACUAUUGACUCCCAAUCCCAUAUAUUCUAUCUAUUCGUUUACACAUGUUUCAUUAUAUCGAUUGUUCAUACAGCCGUUGCUCGAAUAGAGAAUGUGUUAGUCAGGCGAUAAUUUAAAAACGAAAUACAUU